AUGGUCGUCUUGGACAUUGAGAAGCGCGAGGUGCACGCGCUCUGUGACCUCUUCCACGCCCUCGACGGCUCGCGCUGGCGGCGCAAAGACGGGUGGCUCAAGCUGGACCGAACGCAAGAGCUCGCGUCGGGCGUUGGGCUCGACUGGUUUGGCACCAAGUGGGACAAAGGGCGGCUCGUCGCGCUCGACCUCAGUCGCAACGACCUCCGCGGGUCGCUGCCCGACCUCUUUGGGGCGUUCAAGAAGCUCCGGUCGCUUCAGCUGCGGGACAACCCGCGGCUCCGCGGCCGACUGCCGCCGUCGCUCUAUGCGCUCAAGCGACUCCAGCUCGUGUACGUCGAUGGCACGCAGCUUGUGCACGUCGUCCCACCUGCGCUGGCGCACAACCUCCACGUGACCCAGUACAAGGCGGACGCGAUCGCGACAAUUCGCUUCCAUACGCCCGGCCCAUGCCAGUGGAUGGUCGACAUCUCCGAGCAGGAAAUGUUUUUGGUGGCCGCCAAGCUCGAGGCGGCUAGGCAGCCACCGCGACCGCGCGCCAUCGAGCGCUCGGCGAUGAACGCGACGGGCGCCGAGCGCAUGGCGGCCGCCACCAAGCUGCAGCAGCUCUAUCGCGCCAAGAUGGCGCGCCGCAAGUUUCGCGACCUCCUCUCGACCAUCUACGAAGCGUACGUCGACCCUGCGUCCGGCGCCGCCUACUACGUCGAUACGCGCACGGGCACUUUGACGUGGGAGAAGCCCGCGCUGCUGCGACGCGUGGACGCGAUCGCUGGGACAAAGAAGGCGCCGCCGCCAGUCUUGCCGCAGCUCGACGAGUGGCAGCCGCUAAACGACGACGACGGCUACGAGUACUACUGGAAUCCUCGGACGAACGAGACGCGGUGGGAGGACCCGCGGCGCCGCCCAACAAUCCGUGACGAGCUCCUCCGGCGCUAUGGCUUUGAAGCGACCGACGACGCGCGGUACGCACGCCUCUUUGCCGAGUACGACAAGGACCACAGCGGCAACAUCGACGUCGACGAGUUCACGGCGCUCUGCGGCGACCUCGGGCUGCCCAUGGGCCCAGCACAAAUUGCGAGCGUUCUCUCGACACUCGACACGUCGGGCGACGGGCUCCUGAGCGUCGAUGAGCUCAAGGGCUGGCUCGACAUGGCGCACUAA